AUGCUUGCGAGUCGAUUUGAUAGUCAAUUUGGAGAUCUAUUCAAAUUCCUAACUGAGAUGACUGGUGACUCAAUCUCGGGAAUCAAUGCUGAUGGAUUGAAUGAUAUUCAGAGAGAAAUCAUUCACGGCUUACCACAACCAAAUUGGGUGAGCGGUCGAGUUGGGAAUGUUUCGAUUCUGCCCACGAUUAUGGACAUCAAACGACAAAUGAGAUUGGAAGAGUUCAACUCGGAUGAGAAGGGGAAAUUCCGUGGAGGAUAUCUGUUGAACAAUUGGCUUUCCUAUUUGGAGGCGUUGAGAGACGGGAAAAAGACUUUCAGUGCAGUGCUUUACUCAUCGCAUGACGGUACAUUGAAUGCUCUGCAAUCGGCAAUGGGAAUGCAAAAUGGAGAACUCGUUCCCUAUGCGGCCGCGAUUUUGCUGGAAGUCUCUCGAUCGUCAAUCAAUGACGAUCUCAAAGUGCAGGUUUUCUAUCGUAACACCACCCAACAGCCACCCUAUUUGAUGGAAAUUCCCGCUUUGCGGGAAACGAUAAAACCACUUCAACAGCUCUUAACUUGUCGAUUUUCACCAUCUUCUCACUUUUCU